CAGCUGUGUUUGCAUCUAACGGUACUGCCAGGCGCUCAGUAAUUAAUGGCUGCCAUUUUGAUCAGUUUCCCAGUCUGCCAGAAAAAUGCUCUUCAUUUGAUGUGUGCCUGUGGUAUAUUCCCUUGACAUUUUUUGAAAAAGUUUCACAAGUGCUGUUCUAAGAUGAAGAUGCACUGUGUAAUUCUCGUGAUAACAGCUCUGACUGUCCCGUGUGUUGUUGCUGUUCCUAAAGUGAUCACCAUCGGAGCGGCGCUGAGCUCGGAGAGAAACGAGGACAUCUUCCACGCGGCCGUGGCUGGUCUGAAUAAUCCCCCGCUCGACCCCAACGUCUACUUCAACUCCACGGCCAUUCCGAUGGACUCAAAUCCGAUCCGGUCGGCCCUGGACGUCUGUGACAAACUGCUGCCUCAGCGAGUGUUUACCGUGAUCGCCAGUCAUCCCAACUCAUCAGACCAGUCUCCCAUCUCCGUGUCUUACACUUGCGGCUUCUACCAGAUUCCAGUUAUUGGAAUAGCAGCCAGGGACAGUGCUUUCUCAGAUCAGGUAGUCCACUCCACGUUUCUGCGCACUGUCCCUCCACUGUUCCAGCAGGCUAAUGUGUGGAUUGCCCUCCUGCAAUACUUUGAGUGGUCUCAAGUGAUCCUAAUCCACAGCUCAGAUGAAGAGGGCCGCGCUAUAUUAAGUCAGUUUCAGACGUUAGCAGAACCACUCAACAUUAAGCUGGAGAAGACGAUCAAGUACACUCCGGGCGAGAGAAACUACUCCGGUCAGCUGAGUCAGAUCAUCAAGGCUCAGUCACGGGUCGUUCUCCUGUCCGCAACACUGGAGGAUGCUGAGACGAUCUUUGAUGACUCGGGGAAUCUGGGGCUGAUAGGAGAAGACUUUGCCUGGCUCGUCACCGAACAGGCUUUUGAUGCAUUUAAUGCACCUGUCGGUAUUUUGGGUGUCCACCUGAUAAAUGGGACUAACGAGGAGGCGCACAUCCGUGACAGUGUGUCCGUGAUCGGUCACGCCUUCGUGAGGCUGCUUAAAGACAGGAACAUCACGGACGACCCCCCAGCCCAGUGCAAGGACAUGAAGACCUGGAGAGACGGGCCGACCAUUGUCAAAUAUAUACAGUCGACACGGCUGGAGAAUGGAGUUACUGGUGUGGUGACGUUUAAUGAAGUAGGUGAUCGCAGUAACCCGGUUUACGAGAUUCAGAACAUCAACCAGUACGACAAAACAGUGGCUAUCGGCUUUUAUGGAGACACAAAGCCCAUCGUGGAGCCACUGCGGAUGGACAACCAGAUCACGUGGCCGGGAGGAGUGAUGACCAAACCUAAAGGACAGAAACUGUCGAGAAACCUAACAAUUGUGACGAUAGCUGAGAAGCCGUUUGUGGAGACUCACCUGCCAGUGAACGGAGUGUGUGAGAAGAAAGGUCCCGGCAAGGAGGUGUUCCACUGUCUACAUGAGAAUAGCACCACAGGUAAGGUGACAGAAUACUGCUGUACAGGCUACUGUAUGGACAUGCUGGCUGCGAUCGCCAGUGCCGACCAAGUAAAUUUUACAUUCACCAUUCAUCUCAGCAGAGACGGACUCUAUGGAUCAUUUGAAAGGGUGAACGGCACCAAGGAGCGGCAGUGGAACGGGAUGGUUGGAGAGCUACUCAAGAAGCAGGCAGACAUGAUAGUUGCACCACUGACCAUCAACCCUGAGAGAGCCAAGUUCAUCGACUUCACAAAACCCUUCAAGUACCAGGGGCUCACUAUCCUUGUGAAAAAGACCCGGAAAGACUCCAGCCUCGGUUCGUUCCUGCAGCCGUUCCAAGACACGCUGUGGAUUCUGGUCGGUCUGUCUGUCCACGUGGUGGCCCUCGUCCUCUACCUGCUGGACCGUUUCAGUCCGUUCGGCCGCUUCAAGCUGGCCAAGAGCGACGAGACGGAGGAGGACGCCCUCAACCUGUCCAGCGCCAUGUGGUUCUCCUGGGGCGUCCUGCUCAACAGCGGCAUCGGGGAAGGCACCCCGCGCAGUUUCAGUGCCCGAGUUCUGGGGAUGGUGUGGGCCGGUUUCGCUAUGAUCAUUGUGGCUUCCUACACUGCCAACCUGGCAGCCUUCCUUGUCCUCGACCGGCCCGAGACACCAAUCUCGGGAAUCGAUGACCCUAGACUUCGGAAUCCUAAUGACAAGUUCAAGUAUGGAACGGUGAAAGGAAGCGCUGUCGAGAUGUACUUCAAACGCCAGGUGGAGCUGUCGACCAUGUACCGCACUAUGGAGGACAAAAAUGCACCAGACGCAUCCACAGCCAUUGAUCGUGUUAGAACAGGAGACCUGCAGGCAUUCAUCUGGGACUCUCCUCGACUCGACUACGAGGCAGCACGUGACUGCGACCUCGUCACCGCGGGGGAGCUGUUCGGCCGGUCCGGACUCGGGAUCGGUCUGCUCAAGAACAGUCCCUGGACCCACGCAGUGUCUCUCGCCAUCCUCAGUCUCCACGAAAGUGGUUUCAUGGAGGAACUUGAUAAUGUGUGGAUCCUCGCAGAGAGCAGUUCGGACUGUGAGUUACGGGACUUGGCACCGGCCACCCUUGGACUUACAAACAUGGCAGGUGUGUUUAUGAUGGUUGCUGGAGGUAUUGUGGCGGGCGUGUGUCUCAUCUUCGUAGAGAUAGGGUACAAACGUCACCGUGGGUUGAAGGACAAGGAACUUGAGCUGGCUCGCAACGCCGCCGAUCGCUGGAGGGGAAACAUUGAGAAACGUCGAACGCUGCGUAAAACUCUAGAAAAGCAGCGUGAACAGCAGCUGCAGCUGAACUCGUUGAAACAGCAGACAUCUGUGAACAGCACCAGUACGCCCGUCCUCAGACGAUCGUCCAUGUCCGAGGCGUCUGGCAGCCGUGUGUACAUACCGGCCAACUUCACUCCCACACACGCCUGCUCCGACAGCCAGGACACAGACGUCUGGGGCAGACCACCGCAAAACAAUGAUUUCAACAUUAUCUAAUUCUUACAAUGAUUUCAACAUUAUCUAAUUCUUACAAUGAGUUCAACAUUGUCUAGCUCGUACAAUGAUUUCAACAUUAUCUAGUUCUUACAAUGAUUUCAACAUUAUCUAGCUCUUACAAUAAUGUCAUCAUUAUCUAGCUCGUACGAUGAUUUCAACAUUAUCUAGCUCGUACAAUGAUUUCAACAUUAUCUGGGUGUAUACUACCAAAUCAAAUCCCAUAGACGACAAUAGUAACAUAUGUGGCUAAAACUCCUACCUGCAACGUAUCAACCGACAUAAACGCCACGGAUAUAAAUACUACCACCCCUU